AUGUUUUAUUUUGUUGUCAACGCAUCUAUCAAGAAUAUCAAUAAAUUUCCAUUAUCGGAAUAUAUUGAAGAGAUGAACAAGUAUUUAUCAACCAUAACUGAUCCACAUCCAUUCUACGUUGCAUCUCUCAUUGACUGGGUUAAGCAGAAUCAAAUAGAAAACCCACAAUUAGUUACAUCAAAUUUUAUCGACGCUCUUGACUACAUGCAGAAGAUAUUGAACGAAUACCCUACACUACGUGACAAUGAGAUGCUUUCGGAGAUCUCAGGACCUCUUACUCCCUUCCUUAUGAACUUAGAUCCUCUUCCUCUACUUUUUCUUAGCAAAAUCGCACCAUGCUUCGACGAAGACCUGUUUAAACCACUUGUACAGUUCAUAUUCAAAGGUUUUUCCAAGAUUGAAGACGAAGAACUCGUAAAUUUGAAAUUUAAUUUCGAAGAUUUACCGAAAACAUCAGUUUUUCUUGAUAUGAAAGAAGAAGUCACACGAUUUCAACCAUCAUCAACAGCAUUCGAUAAGAUUUUUGACUACAAAUACCCAAAUAUUGACAAAUUACCUGCAAUUUCAACUUUGAUUCCGAAACCAAAGCUAAACAUAUUAAAAAUUGUUGGAUUAAUCGCAAACAACUUACAGAACUGUUCAAUUCCUUGUAUCAUCCAAACAUUUGAGAAAAUAAACGAAAACCAAAAAAUUCCUCAAUAUUUAGAUUUAUGUCUUUUUCUAACAAUUGUUUCAAGUUCAAUAAAUUUCAAUAGUUUACAAAAUCAAAAUUCAAUGGUCUCUCAAAAUUCAAUGAUUUCUCAAAAUUUGAAUAGUUUACAAAAUGUAAGUUCACAAAAUAUUUAUAAGUCAUUAAUAGAUACAAUUAUAUUUAAUCCGUCGAUUACUAUUUUUGAAACCAAUUUAAAUGAAUCAAUUAAUAAUUUAUUACUUGUUAGAUCAUUUUGUAUCAAAAGCAUCUUUAAAUAUCCAAAUUUGAUUGCAGAAUUAUUUGAUAGAAAUGUCAAAUAUCCGGAAAUGUUUUGUGAAUUAGUUUUACGAUUAAAAGAAAGUAUUUCCGAAGUUUCCGAUGAAGCGUUUAUUAGUUCCAAACUAAUGCAUUCAUUUUCCACAUCUAUGAGGUAUUCAAUACACAAUGCAUUUAAAGACAAUCAACGCAUCAUUUGCGAGAAAAAUGUAUGUAGUAUAUUUACUUUUUUAAAGGAAUUAGAAAAACAAAAAGUCAACAAUCCGAAUAUAAUAAAAAGUUGGCUUUCUAAUGAAGAGUUUAUCUUCAAUUUCAUUGAUUGCACUAAUUGUCAUUUCAGGAGAUUGUUUGUUUUCAAUGUUUUUAGAAUGA